AUGGCCGCCGCCUCCUCGAUUGCCCAGACUCUCUGGGACGCCCGUAUCCCCCUCCACAUCACGCACGCCUCAUCACCCACCCACCCGUUCAUCACCAGCGUCCCGCGCUUUUCAUACCUCGCGCUACUGCUCCCCCGACUCUCCGCCUUCUUCGGCUCGGCAUGCUCGAGUUUCCACUUUGAGGACGUCCAGCUGAGGAAUUUAGCCGUCGGCCUGCUGGUCGACUUGUACCAGCCGACGCUGCCGUUUCGACUGGUGGUCAGUGACGGGGUAGGGUGGGAUAUCGGAGACACGUUCCUGAACUGCGUCAAGGAGGCAGACUUUGUGCGCAACGGCAACGCGAAUCAGAUUAUGAAAAUGUCCAAGGAGCACACCACGCAGCUUUGGAACGCCGUCGUCGACAAUGACCACGCAUCGUUUGCCAAGGUCAAUGCGAGGCUGUUGAAUGCGCCCUCUGCCCUGAGGCACGUCCCCAUGCGGAUAUACAUCCCCUCUGCGCCGGGGCAUCAAGGCCCGGCCGGGUCGGGGGACGCUGGCUGCUUCAGGAUCAUGCAGUCCCUCGUGCCGGCGACGGGUGCGGAUCGCAAGCCCAAGCUGCUGGGUCAGGCGCUGAAAGAGAUGAUGCCGAAACUGUUCCCGAGCAGUAGGGAUCCCGUGUUGGCCGGCGUGGUCAUGCAUGGCGCCGGCGUGCCUUUUGACGCGCCUUUGGGGGAACUCAUGCGGGAGGCAGCGUACCCUGAUGGCUGGCUGUGCUUGGUGGUGACGGUGUAG